GACCUGAAAUCUCCCGCCUUUUAGCACGUAUGUAUGAAUGGGAGUUUGUGAACUAAGAAGGCUGUAAAGUGUACGAGAAAUGCAUUAAUUUUAGAUCUAUUCUUGAUUACCUAAAUGUGGAAAGUUGUAAACUUGCUCUGAUAUGACAAAGAGAUUUUUCGUAUCAUGAGAUGGAUAUUGAUAGUGCACUCAAAUUACAAAAUCUAUCCUUAGUCCAUGCACUUGUUUUGUCAACAUCAAAUAGCAGACAAGCUGAAGAUUAAUCUCUGCCAUUUUGUGCAUCUUUUUUUUUUACUGUUCAUCAUGCUUUCUGAUACCUUGGAAGAACUUUGCCUGAAACUUCGAUAUCAGUUGAAGCCUUAUGGCUACUGUGGUCAUUUAUUGCAGUUGUUUGAAUCAAAGGUUCACCAUUUGGAGGAUAUGAUCAAGCGCACUGCUUUGAUGAGUGAAAGCAAUUCUGUUCUCAUAAUUGGACCAAGAGGAAGUGGUAAAUCAGCUUUACUGGAACAUGUGAUCAGUAAAAGUUUUGAAAGCAAAUUGGUUAAAGGUAAUAUGUUGUAUGUUAGCCUUAAUGGUUUAAUUCACACAAAUGAUAACUUAGCACUCACAGAUAUAGCGAGACAAUUAAAAUUGAAUGAAAUUGAGGAUCGACCUUCUGGAAGUUUUUCUGAGAAACUGAGAAUACUGUUAUCUGCUUUAAAAAGUGGUACUCAAGCUACAAAAUCAGUCCUAUUUGUAUUAGAUAAUUUUGAUUUAUUCUGUACUCACAAAAAUCAGACCCUUUUGUACAACCUUUUUGAUGUUGCACAAUCUCAGCAGACACCUAUAUGUGUUGUAGGUAUGUGCAGUCGUCCAGAUGUGCUUCAGAUCCUCGAGAAUAGAGUUAAUUCUAGAUUUUCACACCAAAAAAUACUUUUAUUUCAAGAAAUAACAUUUGAAGAGUACUUUAAAGCUGCUAAGACUUUCUUGUGUCUUAAAAAAUUCAGUGAUAAGAAAUUUCUAAAUAAAUGGAAUGCUGAAGUGGAUAAUCUUUUGAAAAUUCCAUCUGUGAAAAACAUUUUAGAAAGGCGCUUUAAUUGUAGCAAUACCAUGAGAGACCUUAAAGAACUUCUGUCCUUGGUUGUGCAAAACCUGAAAUGUUCUCAUCCAAAACUCACCACAGAAGACUUUGAAAGAGCAUAUGAUCAGUGCUGUGUUGAUAGUAAAUCAGAUCUAUUGCUUGGAUUAUCUGUUCUUGAAAUAACUCUGAUAACAGCAAUGAUGCAUUUAACAAACAUUUAUGAUGGCGAGCCUUUUAAUUUUGAAAUUGUGUAUAAUGAAGUAAACAAAUAUUUGAGCAAAACAAGUUGGAAUAGUGAGAAACCUGUUGCGAUGAAGGCAUUUGAGCAUCUUUUGGAGUUAGAGCUUGUAAAGCCUUGUCAUGAUUCAUCUUCUGAUGUUCUGAAGCGAUUUAUGCCAGUUAGGUUGCUAGUGGAUGUAGAUCAGGUUAAAGAAACUGUUGAAAAAUAUCAAAACCUACCUGUUUCACUUAAACGAUGGAUUGAAUCAUCCAUAGAUGUGUGAUUAUUGUUACUUUACAUCUGUACAUAAUUUAACAAAGUGUUCUGAAAUUCAGUAUCAUGUACAUACAUACUAGAAUGCAUAUGCUAUAAAAUCUGAUUAAACAAAAUGUAUUCUUAAA